UUGUAGGUGGUCUGGUCUACUCUGCGCUCUGCUUGCUCAGUUUUUAUCUGCUGCUGCUGCUGUUGUGAUGCCACCGUUUGUUUGCUGUUGUUGCUGUUGCUGUUGCUGCUGCUUCUACAUCUGACGACGACGACGACGACGACUCCCCCAAACUUCAGUUUCAAUUGCCGUACGCGACGCGACGCGUUCAGUCUUCGUUUUAGUGCGUUACGUAGUGCAACAAAGUGACGCGUCCAAUUUACACAAUUCUCUGACUUAAAGCUAAAGUUUUGUUGACUUGAAGAUGCAGCUCAAGAUGAAGAAGAAGCUGAGGCUUGGAGAGGACAAAACUGUGGCAAAUUGGCCUCGUUAGGCAAAGACUUGUCUAGUUGCUGUCGUGGCUGCUGCUGCUCAUCAACAUAGUCACCAUAAUCAUCAACAACAUCAACUGCCGUCAGGUGUCAAGUGCUGAGCAUGUGUGUCAAUUAAAAUGUCUCAGCUCAGUGAGUUGCGUGCGUGACUGUGUUUAAUUUUCACACACAGACAACAUGGCGUAUGUGCAACGUGCUCAACAACACAGACAAAAACCAAAAACCAAAAACAAAAAAAAGAAACCAAAAAUAGAAAACGAAAACGUUAAAAAAGCAAACAACUUAAAUCAACAACAAAAUGCACACAAUGAAAACCAAAUAAUGCGAUAUCGCAAAAGCAGCAACCAAACUGACCAAGCAAAAAUGUCCAAAUCGAAACGAAUGUUCAAAAUCAAUAAAAUGGCUGCCGGCGGAUGUUGAAAUUUCAAUCAGCUAAGACUCUGAUAGGGGCCACCACCGCCGCAGCCGCAUCACGAAAAUAAAAUGAAAAUA